CAGCUACGGAUUUCCACCUCCUUGCAUCCUGAAGUCUGUCUCAGUUGCUGCGAGUCGGCUGUGGAGAAGCUGUCAUGCCUUACCUGCAUCGGUCUCUGAGGUCCCAGCCACACCCAGUCUCUGGGGAUGCCCGGACUAUCCACUCUUCGGGUCAAAGCUUUGAACAGUUGAGGCAGGGUUGCCUACAGUCGAGAACCUUGUUUGAGGAUGCUGACUUCCCUGCCAGCAACAGUUCCCUGUUCUACAGCGAGAGGCCCCAGAUCCCCUUUGUGUGGAAACGACCAGGGGAAAUUGUGGAAAACCCAGAAUUCAUUCUUGGAGGAGCCACCAGGACUGACAUCUGCCAAGGGGAACUGGGAGACUGCUGGCUCCUGGCGGCCAUCGCCUCCCUAACCCUCAACCAGAAAGCACUGGCCAGGGUGGUUCCCCAGGACCAAGGCUUUGGCUCUGGCUAUGCCGGGAUAUUUCACUUCCAGUUCUGGCAGCACAGCGAGUGGCUAGAUGUCGUGAUUGAUGACCGCCUGCCCACCUUCAGGGACCGCCUGGUCUUCCUCCAUUCCGCUGACCACAAUGAGUUCUGGAGCGCACUGCUGGAGAAAGCCUACGCCAAGCUUAACGGGAGUUAUGAGGCCCUGAAGGGGGGCAGCACCAUGGAGGCCAUGGAAGACUUCACUGGGGGUGUGGCCGAGACCUUCCAAAUGCGAGAAGCACCGGAGGACUUCUAUGAUAUUCUGGAGAAGGCCUUGAAGCGUGGUUCCCUGCUGGGCUGCUCCAUAGAUAUCCUGGAUGCCUCUGAAUCUGAAGCCCGCACACCUUUUGGUCUCGUUAAGGGCCACGCCUACACUGUGACUGGGCUGGACCAGGUAAACUUCCAAGACCGGAGAAUCAAGCUCAUUAGAGUUCGAAACCCUUGGGGCCAGGUGGAGUGGACCGGGCGCUGGAGCGACAGCUCCCUCGAGUGGCGCUCUGUGGACCUGGAGGAGCAGAAGCGCCUGGGUCACUCUGCUCUUGAUGAUGGGGAGUUUUGGAUGGCAUUCGAGGACUUCAAGGCCCAUUUUGACAAAGUGGAGAUCUGCAACCUCACACCUGAUGCCCUGGAAGACAAUGCCCUCCACAAAUGGGAGGUGACCGUCCACCAAGGAAGCUGGGUUCGUGGCUCCACAGCUGGUGGCUGCCGCAACUUCCUGGACACCUUCUGGACCAACCCACAGAUAAAGCUGUCCCUGACCGAGAGGGAUGAGGGCCGGGAGGGCUGCACUUUCUUAGCUGCCUUGAUGCAGAAAGACCGCAGGAAGCUCAAGAGGUUUGGUGCCAACAUGCUGACCAUCGGCUACGCCAUUUACCAGUGCCCAGACACAGACCAGGACCAGGAUGGACACCUGAGUAGGGACUUUUUCAGGUACCACGCCUCCCUGGCCCGAAGCAAGACAUUCAUCAACUUAAGAGAAGUGUCGGGUCGCUUCCAGCUGCCCCCGGGAGACUAUGUCCUCAUCCCCAGCACCUUUGAGCCACACCAGGAGGCUGACUUCUGCCUGAGAAUCUUCUCUGAGAAGAGAGCAGUUACUCGGGACCUGGAUGAGAACGUAGACAUUGAUCUUCCUGAGCCCCCAAAGCCAACUCCACAGGAGGAGGAAACAGAGGAGGAGCGGCAGUUCCGGGCCCUGUUCCAGCGAAUUGCUGGUGAGGACAUGGAGGUGUCUGCUGAGGAGCUUGAGUAUGUUUUAAAUGCUGUUCUGCAAAAGAAAACAGCCCUCAAGUUCAAGAAGCUGAGCCUGCUGUCCUGCAGAAAUAUCAUCUCUCUAAUGGACACCAGUGGCAAUGGGAAGCUGGAGUUUGAAGAGUUCCGGGUGUUUUGGGACAAGCUGAAGCACUGGAUGAACCUGUUUCUCCGGUUCGAUGUGGACAAGUCUGGCACCAUGUCUUCCUAUGAGCUGCGGACCGUGCUGAAGGCUGCAGGCUUUCAGCUAAGUGGCCAUCUCCUGCAGCUGAUCAUCCUCAGGUACACAGACGAGAGCCUCCAGCUGGGCUUUGAUGACUACCUCAACUGCCUAGUGCGGCUGGAGAACGCAAGCCGGGUGUUCCAGGCUCUCAGGAUAAAGAACAAAGACAUCAUCCAUCUCAACAUAAACGAGUUCAUCGCCUUGACCAUGAACAUCUGAGGUUGCACCGGGACGCCGUCUGUCCCUCCAAUACUCACCUUCUAGACCAUGAGAGUAAGGAUGUUUAUUGGAAGUCCAUUGUCCCCACUGCUCUCUCCCUGCCUCACACUACCCCCUCCC